GGAUUGUUGACGGGGACUCCGUUGAAACUAUUUUUUAAUUAAAACUUUUAACGGUACAUAUGUUGACGGAAAAAGUAACGCCUUCUUCUCUACUUUAUUGAGUUCCCAAAUUGAUGAGGAGAGAGAAUAUCAAUUUGGUGGUGGUCAUAAGAGGAAAUUAUGGUUGUCGGCGGUGGAUAAUCCUCUACCACCGUCUUUCAAACAUUCAAAUCAAACCAAUACUUGUAUUUCCGUCUCAAAUCGCAACAGUAUUUCGUUUUAAACAUGGAGUUCAGGAUAGAAAUUAUGGGAAAUUUUGACAUGGAAGACUAAGUGUAGAUCCUUAGACCCGGAAUAUCAAGUGUGUAGUUGUACUGUUAACCCCCAUUACUAUGGAUGAAGAGGAAGGUAACAUGAAUGAGUUAAGUUUCUGUGAUAAAACUUUGGAUCAGAUUGUAGUUAAUGAAACUCCUACUCAAUCUCCCGAUGAAGAUGGAGUGUCCUUAACUUGCCUAUCUCCUUAUGUCCAACCCUCUAGCAAGGAUGGCAUUAAACUGACAUCUCCUAUCAAGACUUUGGAGACGAUGGAGACCAUUGUGUCCACAAAUAAGAUAUCUGUGUAUUCCACAGUUGAGUUGAACCACCUAGAGAAGGGAUGGUGUUCAAGCGGUGGCAGGAUGUUGAAAUGUACUUCAAAGAGUAUGCGCAACAACAUGACUUUGGAGUAUGUAGACAAGCAGGCUCAUUCUCAAAGCAAAAGGAGAGGAGGGCUGUAACAUCGCGAUGUGAUUGUUGGGGCCACCCUGAUAUGAGGGCUAGGUGGCAAGCAAAGAAAAGGGCUAAAGCUAUGGAAAUAUCCGGUACAGUGGCCACUAGUAAUGGUGACAUUGGUGAGAAUGAGUUAAGUUGUUGUAAAAGGACCUCAAAGAAGUGUCAAUGCUUGGCCAGAAUAUAUGCAAGUGUCAAUUGUGAUGGGGAAUGGGUUCUGAAGACUGUGGAACUAAAUCAUGUACACAAACUAGACCCAAGUGGGUCAAAAUUGGUGAAGGAAUAUCGCAUGAAAAAUCACACUUCUACAGUGAAGAAGAAGCUUAUGGAUUUUUAUGAAGAAGGUGUGCCCGUGACACAAAUCCAUGGUUGUAUGGCUGCUGAGAGAGGUGGUGAUGAUGAUGAUCUCCCUAGUGUCAAAGACCUUCAACACGAGGUUUCUAAGGAACGAAGAUUGAAAAUGGAAGGCGGUGAUGCAGUAGCAAUGAUGUCUUACUUUGAUCGAAUGCAAGCAGACAACCAGAAGUUCUUUCAUGCACAUCGGCUAGACAAAGAAGGCCGUCUUAAGGAUGUCUUAUGGGUAGAUGCACGGAGCCGGGUGGCUUAUCAGGAAUUUGGUGAUGUUGUAUGCUUCGAUGCAACAUAUUUAACUAAUGAAUAUGAGCUGCCUUUUGCAAAUUUUGUAGGGGUAAAUCACCAUGGACAAUCAAUACUCUUGGGUUGUGCCCUUGCAUCUCAUGAAACCACAGAAACAUACUUUUGGGUUUUUGAGCAAUGGCUAUCCUGUAUGGGAGGCAUAGCUCCGAGUGUCAUCUUGACCGAUCAAGUUGCUACAAUGAGAAAGCCCAUUGCUCAUUUGAUGCCCUCAUCUCGUCAUAGAUGGUGCAUCUGGCACAUUAUAAGGAAGAUACCUAAAAAUUUGGGCAAAUGCAAACAAUAAGUGAAAUAAACCUAACUCAAUUGGUUUAGGAAGAUACCUUUACUAUUUUGUGUUGAAUUUGAAUGUUGUUAUUUUUGUUUGGUGAUGUAAGACAGGUUGAAUGUACGAUAAAGUACUUACUGGUAGAUAUAUUUUAAUGUUAACAUGUGUUCUCAUUUGAGUUUGAAA